CUCCUGCAUGUGGAAAGCACAAAAGCUGUUAAAAACUCUUCUAGAUUAAGUUUGCCCCGCAACAGACCGGCGCUCAGCCUGCCCUGUCCUCAACAGCGUAGAACCCCCCGUAGCCCGAGCCUGCCCAGGACAAGCUGGAUGAUGGCUGGUUUGACUAUACACAGUGAUCACAUGUGGCAAAUAGCUACUGUAAUAUAUUUCGCAUGUUGGGGGCAAAUGGCAUGCAUGCCAGUUAUUUGUUAAUAGUGUAAGGAGCCGGAGCACAGCGAUCAGGGCCGAGGCGCAUGUGACAUGUGACGCGCGCUCCUCCUCCCUCCCCGACAGGCCGUCGCCCUCGAUUCCUUUCCACAGGAUGUGUCUGAACACAUGAGGCACGGAUAUCCCAAAUUGACCUCACAUCUCAGACUAAUCUAAAUCGAGAACUAACAUUAUUUUAAGUACCGCUUAAUUAUACUACGGGCGUCGCCCGACCCAAAUUUGGAGUUGAGCACGCGGCUUUACGCCGAUGAUCGCUUACUGCGCUGCGUAACGGUAACCAGCACCGGGAUGGAUCAUUCACAGCCAGUCAGCCGGUACCAAGUGCUAUACAACGAAGAUGACUCCCCUGAAGAGUCCCCCCACACUGAGUCCUCCCCAUCCAUCCAAGAGGUCGCUUCUGGGGGAGCUGCCCUGCCAGUGGGGCCUGAGGUUCCUCCUCCCUAUUCCACAGGAGACGAGUAUUUCUUUCAGAGUGACUUCCCCCUGGCCUCUGCACCCCCCCCAUACAGCAUCGCUACCUCCUUGCCCACCUAUGAUGAGGCUGAAAAGGCUGCUGCCAUGGCAACCUCUGUGGCAAAUAUGCAGGGGGAGUUUCCACCGCGGCCUGAUUUUAGCGAGGCUCAUCGAAUGAGUGUUGGCAGCGACCGCAUGUUCAUAGUGGCCUUUUUCGUGGCUUUUCUUUUCAACUGGAUUGGCUUUUGCCUUUCUUUCUGCCUAACCAACACGAUGGCUGGCCGAUGCGGAGCUCUUUCUGGCUUUGGACUCUCCCUUGUCAAAUGGAUCUUCGUCUUAAGGAUUUUCCACUAUUUUGAUCAGUAUAUCCAUGGUCAGUCCUGGUUUUGGUGGAUAUUCAUUACUUUUGGUUUCCUGCUCUUCUUCAGAGGAAUUGUGAACUAUCUGAAGGUGCGGAACUUGCCUGAGAACAUGGUGGCAAGCAGCAGGAUCCGUUUCUACUUUCUGUACUAGUGGUAUGAAAGAAUCACAUGGCCGUCUGCAGUGCUAUCCACCAAAUCACAUGGCCGUCUGCAGUGCUAUCCACCNAAUCACAUGGCCGUCUGCAGUGCUAUCCACCAAAUCACAUGGCCGUCUGCAGUGCUAUCCACCAAAUCACAUGGCCGUCUGCAGUGCUAUCCACCAAAUCUUACUAGCCCUACGUCAUUCACCACCCCAAAAAUUCACCUUGCUCCAGAGUGUAGUGUUUUCAGUUGUAUUCAUUUGCCAGUUUUGCCGUUUUCUAGCAUCAUGAACAUUCCCUUUUUUAAUAAAAAGAAAAUAAAAUAUUUAAAGAAUGUUAUACUUAUCCUGUGGUUAGAAGAUGUACAGUAUGUACGGAGGAUGAUUUUUGAUUAUAAUUCAUUAGUCCUUGUAUUUUACUACUAGCUCCAUGUGUGAUUUCACGUUCAAAGUUCUCCUUGUUUGAAAGUCUUGAAAUCUUGCCUAAAUCAUAUGGCAUUUUUUUUCUUUGAACAAUUUGCCAUUUUUCAGCUGUUAACUUCUUUUUCUGUUUAUUUUUUCCCCCAAAUUUUAUCGGUAAACUAGAUGCUUAUUUCACUUGAUCUCAUCCUUGCCCCAAUCAGCCAUCCAUGUCUUCUACUCUUAUUGUCCCCUUCAUGUUUUUGCUCUCCAUACUGGUCAGAACAGGGUCACACCCCCAAUACUUUCUGUCACACCUGUUGCUUUUGUUGGCCACUUAUAUAUCUGCUUUCUAAUGAUGUUUGUCAUCUUUUCGUUUCUUUCUAACACUUUGCUUUUGACCCAGAGAAUUAUGCUUAAAUGCCAUUCCAUUAAGCCUAAUCAUUCUCCUCACCCCUUUAAUUUGCAGCCACCCUACAUAAGUUACCCCUCAAUCGUCUUUCCAAAUCUUUGAAUAACAGCACUUUCAGCAUGCCUUCACUUCAGAGGAGCUCAUUUAGGAUUUGCAGUGAGCACUGCAGGCCUGUCCCUCCCUCCUUUUCUUCUUUUGUAAUGGUUGCUUUUAGUACUUUUAUGUCAGCAAGCUAAUUUUCCUGUGAAACACGGUAAAUCUGGGUUGGCAUUUCAUAUGAAAUUGCAUAAUUGGUGUUGAUUUGUUUCUGGUUUGCAGUUCAGCUGUUUGCAGUUCAGUGUGGGGUUUUAUUAAUCUGCACCUGCCAAAUGAACGGGACUCGGGGCUGUGGAAACUGAGCUCUCCAGGAAGGCUGCCACCAAAGAAGCUCAUUAACUCAUUAAAAAAGCAAUAAUUAUCAACAACAAUCAUUAAUGAUACAUCGUAAUGCCACAUUUAUUGAUUUCAACAAUACAAUCAUCUAUGCCAUUUCACAAAUACAUUUUCUAAUAUCUUUUUGACAUUCUUACCAUAAUGUAUGAAUCUCAAUUAUAAGUUCAGUCUAUUGAGGGGGGGGAGGGGGGGCGUUCACUAUUUAAGUGAUUUUUUUGUUUUUUUUGUUUCUUGAAAGUGAUUACUCAGUACAUUUCCAUUACAUGUGCAAUGUAGGUAACUACAGAAGCUUUUAUAUUUUAUAGGAAUUUCUGGAUAUGCUUCUUAAAUUGGAUUCUUCUACAUGCUGGUCCUGGUUAUUUUUCAUUUCUUUUAACUGGCAUAGUUGUCUCAGUAAUGCGUCUGUGUGCAGCUUCAGAUGCUCCUCGUUUUUUCACCUUGAGCCGGAGACUAAUCAAUCCUAAUCGUAUGAAUGUUUGCUUUAACAUUAAAAGGUAUUGUAAUAUUCUUGUGAGUUUCUUUCAUUAACUCUGUAAUACACAGUCCUUCCUUUAAUCCCAAAAAUAAUGGAUUAUUCUGCAUAUUUUAUGUAAAUUUGCAGUCUAGAAAUUGCCCGCUGUUUGAAAUGUACAGCAUAAUUUGUUGAUACGUUUACCUGUUGUGUACAAUCCUGUAUGAAAUAUUCAAAAUAUCUCCAUGUGUAACUCCUGAUACAACUUAAGGUUGUGGUAUUUUUUAUUAUUAUUUUUAAUUUUUUUUCUUAUAGGUUGUGGUAUUGUAGUUUCUGAAUGUACUGUUUUAAACACGCCUUUAAUAAGAUUACUUGUUUUUGACAGCUGCAUUAAUUUUAUAGGAACGUGUAUGGAUUAUUUGUCGAUGGAUCUAAAACUUUGUUUUUCUUUUUUAAAAAAAACUUGUCAUAUUGCCAGCCUUUUAUGGGAAAUGUCGAUUUAUACAUUUUUUUCUACUGGGACACUCAAACAUGCAUUUUGCAUGUGCAUUUUGUACUUUGAGAAGGAAAUGUGUAUUUUUCCAGUAAAUUAUUCUUCCAAAUAUUCCCUCUUUGUUAUUAUGGAUGGUGUUGUUGUGAAUAAGACAGGAGAUGAAGCAUCUGGAAGAUUUUGGAAUUCUAUGUUUUUCUUUGUAAAGUUCUGUGUUAUAAACAAACCACUGCGCAAACUCA